AUGGCCGUCACUUCCAGAGCUCCGGUCAACAAUACUUUCUCACGAGAAGACCCUCUUUUACCACAUCUCUGGUCGAUUAAAGCAGCACUAGAGAAGUUAGAUUUAUCUCAAAAUGACGGGGAGGAUGUUUAUGAGCUUGUAUAUCACUGCAUCGAAACCUUCAAGCAUGAUCCAGAAUAUCGAAACGACAUCAGAUUUCUCAAGAUUUGGCUUAUAUAUAUUGAUUUUAGUCCCGACUUCAAGGGCGUUUUCAGAGAAAUUGAACAGCUCAAAAUUUGCUUGGAUAAAUCUUUGCUAUAUGAGUCAUAUGCAUUGUUCUUGGAAGCACGGGGGAUGAUGGAUGAGGCUUAUUUAGUGUAUCAAUCAGGCAUUUCAAGGAAUGCUGAACCAGUAGGGAGGUUGAAAAAGGCACAUGCAUAUUUUCUUGAGAGAAUGCGUGCAAUAGUAGAUGCUUGCUCACAUCAGAAGGUGGGUGGAGGAUCCCCUCUUGACAAUGGUUCAAGUUGUACGAAUCCGUGGUCAAUCUCUAUUAUCAAAAGUCUAUUGCAAAAGAGGAAUGCUCAAAUAUCAAAAUAUGAAGGAUAUCAUGCAAGUAGUAAAUGUUAUUCUGGGAAAGUGACCUUAUCAUCUUUGCAGAAGUCGGCUAGGAAUAAGGUUAUUGAGAUAGGUGGAAGAAAAUAUCAGAUCAAGGGUUGUGCUGGUAAGGGUGGGUUUGCACAUGUAUACAAGGCAUGUAUCACCAGUAAUCCAGACGAAGUUGUUGCUUUGAAGAUACAAAAGCCCCCAUUCCCAUGGGAGUUCUACAUGUAUCGCCAACUUGAUAAGAGGAUUCCAGAGAAUGAAAGAUUGUGCUUUGGAUAUGCUCAUAGAUUGCACCUCUAUUCAGACUACAGUAUACUUGUUUCAAAUUUUUUGACUCAUGGCACACUUCAGGAUGCCAUAAAUACCAACGUGUGUACUGGUGCCUCCAUGGAUGAAGUUUUGUGUAUGCAUUACACAAUUGAGAUGCUUUCCAUGCUUAAAAGUUUGCAUGGUAAUGGAAUUAUUCAUGGUGAUUUCAAGCCUGAUAAUCUCCUGAUGCGCUAUGCUAGGGAUGAUCUGACCGAAGAUGGUUUUCGCACCCAUACCGGUCCUUGGCAUGAACAGGGACUCUGCCUUGUUGACUGGGGUAGAGGAAUAGACCUGGAACUAUUUCCCAACAAGAUAAAGUUCAAUGGAGAUUGUCGAACAUCCGGUUUCCGUUGUGUCGAAAUGCAAGAGAACAAGCCAUGGACAUAUCAGGUUGAUACUUAUGGCCUUUGUGUCAUUGUUCAUAUGAUGCUUCACAAUUCAUAUAUGGAGAUCGAGAAGAAAGCAUCUCCUGAUGGUGGCUAUACAUAUCAACCUAAAUUGCCUUUCAAGAGAUAUCAAAAAGUGGAGCUGUGGAAGAAACUUUUUGCAGACUUGCUUAACCAUGAUCACCAAGAGGAUGAUCAUUUGAAGAUAUUGGCAAACUUAAAGAUAUCAUUCCAGGACUACUUGCUAUCAGACCCUCAUUUGAUAAAACAGCUAAAGCAGUCACUGGCAAAGCAAAGAAUUUCCAUGUGCUCAUCCUAGUUUCCAGUUACAUCACAAAAUUAUCUUCAAACCACAGGAUUUGAUGUCGAUGCAGCUUCCGGACGUAUUUCCAGUUCGAAUUUCAAGCUCUUGAAGAAAGCUUGCUUCAAUGAUCUGCUUGAAACCCUGUAUGACAUGCAUAAUGCUGUGUUGCUGUAUAACCUACUUAUGAAGACCAGUUAUCUAAUAGCUUUGACACCAAGGGUUUUCACAAUAUGUCGAAAAAAUCGCUAGUUUUUUUGAGGUAUGUGAUAUAUACGGUAAAUUAAAGUCUUUUCUAUCUUUGGUGAGAUUUGAACCUC